AUGAAUUCAGGCUACAGGUAUAUGACAUCAAAUAAAUCAAGAUUUGGACCUUCCAAAAAAUCAAGAGAGACUAGGUUCGCUGUUAAAAAUGGUGGAGAAUUAGGAGGUAUAAGCAACGACGGAAACACAUGCUUUAUGAAUUCAGUAUUGCAAUCGUUGGCUUCAUCCAAACAUUUAUUGAAAUUUAUAGAUUCUUAUCUAUACUCGGAUAUCGAGAUUUCAGGAGAGGCUGCACCAACUACGUUGAAGUCUAACACACCAAAACCAGACUUAGUUUUCACAGCUGCAUUGAGGAGGUUCUUGGAAGGUAUUAAUGGAUCGUAUGGAUCUAGAGGUAAAGAGUUUAGUGCAAAACCUUUGUUGAAUAAGAUGCCUAAUGGACCGAAACAAAACUUUUUCACCGGUUAUAAUCAAGAAGAUGCACAAGAAUUCUAUCAAUUAGUGAUGAAUCUCGUUGAAUCAGAAUACAAAAAAGAUUCUAAGUCUAGGCAACUGACACCUGAACCUGAAAGUUCUGAGAAGUUGCCCAGUGACAAAUUUGUUGAUAGUGCAUUAGUUCCUAAUUUAAUUUCCGGUUGUGAAGAAUUAGGUAGAUUAGGUAAGGUUUAUGUACCAGCUUCACAAGUUGAUCCAAAUUUGUUAGAAAUUGAUCACAAAGUAUAUCCAUUGGAUUUAGUUACCCCAGUCGAUGGGAUAUCUGUUGAAAGAAUUGGAUGUUUAGUAUGUGGUGAAGUAGGUGGAAUUCGUUACUCUGUUAACAGUGGUUUAAGUUUGAAUUUACCAAAUAAGUCAUCCUACUAUUCUGGAUAUGACUUAAAUUCAUUAAUGAAUGAUUGGAUAGCGCCUGAAAUAAUUGAAGAUGUCAAUUGUAAUAGGUGUGGAUUAGUACAAACGAAGGAAUUCUUACUAGGCAAAAUUUCUGAAGCAAAUAAUGAAAAAAUUAUAGGACAAUUUCAGAACAGAGUUAAUGAAAUUGAAAAGGAAUUGUCACAACCCCAUAUUACGGAUGACGUCUUCGAAAAAUUAUCGAUUAAACAGAUGAUUAGAAAAACAAAAAAAUCGAAACAAAUAUCUUUAAGCAGACCACCACCUUUAUUGGCAAUCCAUAUAAACAGAUCUGUAUUUGAUCCAAAGACUUAUAUGAUCGUUAAAAACCCUAGUAAUGUUGCAUUCCCUUCAAGAUUUGAUUUGACUGCAUUUGUUACAGAGCCUAAAGACAUUAAUAUGGAUGCGAGAUUACCAUUCAGAAAGCAAGAUGAAAGAACUAUAAAAGUCCCUCUUUCAGAUAUCAAUAAAGUUUCUAACAGCUCCGAAUCUGAAUCGUCCAAUGAUGUAUCUGUUUCUGAUCAAGAUAAUCUUGAAGACAAGGAAUCAUUAGAAAGUAGCAAAUACAGUCAUUCAACUGUUGACUCUUCUGAGAACGAGAGCAAUUCAAGCCCAUCAAAUCCAGAGCUCCUCUACAAUUUAAAAGCCGUCAUAUCUCAUUUCGGAACUCAUAACUACGGACAUUAUAUUUGUUACCGUAAGUUACGUGGAUCAUGGUGGAGAAUCAGCGAUGAAUCUGUGUAUGUGGUAACUGAAAGUGAAGUUUUGAAUUCACAAGGUACGUUCAUGUUAUUCUAUGAAUAUAAUGAUGGUGUGAAUGAAGUUUUACAACCAUUGGAUGAUGAUGAUGAAGUAGAAGAUCAGGAACUGGACAGUGGUCGCGGUAAUCUGCAAUCCGCUUUAAGAAAUGGGACAUAUGAAGAGAAAAAUACCCAAGAAAGUGCUUCAAACGAAGACGGCUACUUAAGUAAUAAGGAUGAUGAAGAUUCCGAAAGUAGUGGCUUGAGUGACGACGACGAUAUUGGUCUUCUGAAAGAAAACUUAGGAAGGGAACCAGAUGAAAACAUCCUCUCAACGGAUGAUUAUAAUGUUGAAGAGGGGCGUGCUUUUCAUAUAUAA